UAUCGCUCGGUGCCACUGACUAUGUCGUCAUCUGUGGACUCCUCACCCUGUCUUUGGGGAUAGGGUUGUAUUACGCCAUCAUGAGCAGGAAGAGGGGUACCAGGGAGGACUAUCUCCUGGGGGGAAGGCGUCUCCGCGUCCUUCCGGUUACGAUGUCUCUGUUUGUGUCGUACACGUCGUCGACGUCAAUGCUUGGGAUGCCGGCCGAAACCUUCACGUACGGAUUUGCGUAUGUCAUGUUUGCUGUAGGUGCAGUAGUUAGUAUGACCAUAUUCAUAUUUACACUGGUGCCGAUGAUGCAUAGCCUGAAGAUAACCAGCAUGUACGAGUACUUCUAUCGUCGAUAUGGGUCGUGGAGUUUGCGGCUACUGAUAACAGUCCUUGGGAUGCUGCAAAAUAUUCUUCUAAGUGCCAUCAUUGUACUCGCACCUGCACUGUCAAUAGAAGCAGCUGCUGGUCUCCCGUUGGUAUCCUCUGUUCUUCUGGUGGGAACGGUUGGAACACUCUUCACCGCCAUUGGUGGUCUACGGGGAGUGGUUGCUGUCGAUGUUUUACAAGGUGCUGUGAUGGUUGUUGGUAUAAUAUCAAUCCUGUUCAAGGGGGUGUUUGCUGUCGGAGGGAUUGGGACAGUAUUGGAGAUCGCUGUACAAGGAGGCCGGGUUUCGCCUUUAGAGUAAGUAUAUGGGGCAAUGCCUGAAUCAGAACACAGCUGCGUAUUCCCACC